AGCGCGCGGGGUUUGUUAUUGCGCUACAACAAGCGGCAGAGCAGAGGAUGUGCACGCGCACCUGUUUUAGACGCAUUACGGUAGACUAAAUUGUCCCCUAACACAUCGCCAACACAAGACACAAGCCGAGUAAUUCAACACUGAUUUCUCUGCGAAUGAGCGAGGAACAGACGAGAUGCCAAAAACUCCAUCGAGAAGCAUUAUUUGGACUUUAGGAAAACUUACGUUGUGAAUAAGGAGGAAGGAAGACGAUUUGAGCCACGAGGAGACAUUAGAAGCGGCGUGCUUUUUCUUCAUGAACUUUCAGGAGCGCUGUGACCAUGCAGCCUUUGAGCUAGUGCACGAUUAUUGUUUCCACUUAUCACCCAACUGAGUGAUCAGUUUGAGAGAGGAAGCCAAUAAAGAAGGGAAAGGAAGACUAAUAAAGACAGUUGUCGUUGAAAGUAAUGGUCCGAAGAUAUCACUCAUAGAAGAGGAUUUUUUUCUCUUUUGCGUUGCUCUUCUCAAGGUUUUUGGGAUCGCUGGGACAUUUCACCAAAGCUGGAAGCGAAAGAUCCACAUGGUCCAGCCCGUAGAGUGAAAGUAGAGUUCUUCAGUAUAUCCUAACAGGUGCCACGUGAUGAUGGUAGAAUCGGCAACAGAGACCAUUCGAACAACACCCUCCAAUCAGAAUGGAGUCAGCAGUCUAAGCAGCCAAUCAGACGGCGGAGGAAGGGAGGGGGGGUCCAACGGGGACACCAAUGGGGAGAUCAGCCCAGUGGAUUUACUGCACCUUCAACAGCAGCAGGCCCUCCAGGCAGCACGCCAGUUUAUCCUCCAGCAGGCCACGGGACUCAAUUCCCCCAGCAGCAACGAGAUCAAACAAAGCACUGUACAGGUGCCGGUAUCCAUGGCAAUGAUGACCCCACAGAUGAUAACUCCUCAGCAGAUGCAGCAGAUCCUCUCUCCACCUCAGCUUCAAGCUUUACUUCAACAGCAACAAGCCCUUAUGCUGCAACAGCUGCAAGAAUACUAUAAGAAGCAACAGGAGCAGUUGCACCUCCAGCUUCUAGCCCAGCAGCAGCAGCAAGCAGGGAAGCAGGCCAAAGAGGUGAGGAAGCCCCGCCCACCCUACUUCACCCUCACUGCACCCCACCAGCAGCAGUUGGGGAACAAACAACUGGCUUUCCAGCAGCAGUUGAUUCAGAUGCAACAAUUACAGCAGCAACACCUUCUGAAUCUACAAAGACAGGGCCUGGUGAACAUACAGCCGAGCCAAGGAGCCGUACCCAUUCAGAGCCUGCAGCAAGCCAUGUGUCCCACUGACCUGCAGCAGUUGUGGAAGGACGUGGCAGGCAUUCAGAGCACAGAGGACGCCAUGAAACAUGAGGGCCUCGACCUGACUACCAACAGCUCCAACUCUACCUCAUACACGGCCUCCAAGGUCUCACCUCAGAUCCCCCAUCAUUCUUUGCCAAAUGGACAUAACUCUGUGCACACUCCAAAGAGAGACAGAGCAAGACUCUUUGAGUGGAUCUCGUCCUUCACCAAGGAGUCCAGUGAUGAUCAUCUCACGCCUUACUCCAAAAGCGCUCCCCUCCAGAGCACCCACUCGACCCACGAGGAACACACAGCCUCACACCCGCUCUACGGACACGGCGAGUGCAAGUGGCCCGGCUGCGAGGCGCUCUGCGAUGACAUGGGCCAGUUCAUCAAGCACCUGAACAGUGAGCACGCCCUGGACGAUCGCAGCACAGCCCAGUGCAGGGUCCAGAUGCAGGUCGUUCAACAGCUGGAGAUACAGCUGUCCAAAGAGAGCGAGCGUCUGCAGGCUAUGAUGGCCCACCUGCACAUGCGUCCAUCAGAGCCAAAGCCUUUCCACCAACCUUUGAACCUGGCCUCUAGCAUGUCGAUGUCCAAAAGAGAAAGUGAGGGGUUUCCUGAGGGCUUGCCUCACCCGCCCACCUCCGCUGCCACCCCCAUCACCCCCAUGAGGCAGGGCCCCUCCGUCAUCAGCUCCUCCAGCCUGCAUGGAGUCGGACCCAUGCGUCGCCGCAACUCCGACAAGUUCUGCACCCCCAUUGCAUCAGAACUCGCACAGAAUUGUGAAUUCUACAAAAACGCUGAUGUCCGGCCUCCAUUCACCUAUGCUUCCCUCAUACGACACGCCAUUCUGGAAGCCCCUGACCGACAGCUGACUCUGAACGAGAUCUACAACUGGUUUACACGAAUGUUCGCCUAUUUCAGGAGAAACACAGCAACGUGGAAGAAUGCUGUGCGCCAUAACCUGAGUCUGCACAAGUGCUUUGUGCGAGUGGAGAACGUCAAAGGUGCUGUCUGGACCGUCGACGAAGUGGAAUACCAAAAGAGGAGACCACCAAAGAUGACCGGAAGUCCCACACUCGUGAAGAACAUGAUCUCUGGGCUGGGAUUCGGCUCCCUGAAUGCCAGUUAUCAGGCUGCACUUGCGGAAAGCACUCUUGGUCUUCUGAACAGCCCCACCCUGAUGAACAACAGCACAGGUGCGAGCCUCAACAUGCUGCACGUCGGGCACGAUGAUGUCAGCAGCACUGUUGAACAGGUCAACAGUAACGGCAGCUGCAGCCCUGGACUCUCUCCACAUCAGUACGGACACCAGAUCCAUGUGAAGGAGGAGCCAGCUGAGAUGGAGGAGGAUAGCAGACCCAUGUCCCUCAUGGCAUCUGUCACUCAAAACAUGAGCAUGCCCGGAGACGAGCGUGACAUGGAGGAGGAGCUUCCCACAGAGGAUCUGGAGUAAAAGCGAUAUGGUGGGGGCGGAGCUUACUUGCCUAGCCCCUCCCUCAUAUUCAAGGCGUUCAAGACCAAGUGAGAAGAAAAAGAUACAAAACCAACUACAACUUCAAAUACCAAAACAGGGUUAGACCUCUUCAGAUCAUAAUCCAAAAAUACACAACAUGCUUUUUUCCAAUUUUUAUUUUUUUCGGUCAGUACCCUCAAAAAGACCCCUAGAUGUCCAGAGCAAGAUCUCAAUCCAUUUGAGACCUCCUGUGUUUUGAAACAUGAUGUGUUAGACUAUCACAGAGCUACUGAGGGAAACCUGAUACAAGGUACAACUUCAGUGUACUCACGUGAGGGUGUACAGUCAUUUUUUUCUUUCCAGAAGUCACCUGAGGUUUCUCCGUUUUAAGUCUUUUUAGCUUUAAUAUCUGUGUUCUUUGGGCCUGAGAACACUGCUUUUUUAUGGGAUACAUACAUGGCGGUGAUUUACCUCAGAAAGAAGUUCACACGUCUGCAAAAAGAGGGAAAAGAUGACAAAGACAUCUUUAGAAUGACUUCUGCUUUCAUCGAGAUUUUUGUAUUCAUUCGUGGGGAUGCUGCAAGACUCUGUAACUUUGCCGUCACACAGAUAAAGUUCACAACUCCUGACAAAAGCAAAGCAGAGACUAAAACGCAACAAGUUGUAAGUUUGCCAACGGCAUCCCUGACCAACUCUUUUUGCUAUUUUUAUCCCCCUUUACAUGACUGGACUAGCAGCGGGAGGCGAUCUGUCUUGGGGCAGUGUUAUCCUCUCUGAUCAGACAGUGACUGCACGCUCUCCUUAUCUUUAUUCGAUGGUAUCCGCAAGAACCCGCCAGAACGCGUUUUCUCUCCCGCUCUGUUUGUUUGUCAAACCUAAAGUAGAAAACAUUGCUACCCCCAAAAAAAGGCAUAUUUCAGGAACUUUUGCUGUUGUUCUCCUGUGGUGCUGUUAUGACAGCCAGACUGACCCGAAGUCUUGAGGAGGACCGGCUCAGAGACUUUAUUGACUGUAUUGUUGAUUAUGAUAUGUGUGCAGUAGCUUUCGAUUUCUUCGGUUUUCUUUUUACUUUCAUAGUCAUUUAUUUCUAAAGGAUCAACAUUUUUCAUUGUGAUGUUAUUCAACUAUUAUAUGUUUUCUGUUAAUUAUUUUUUCUUAUCAUUCCAAAAAUGGGUUGUGUUCAGGAGAGAAGUUCCAAAAACUAUUACCUGAAAAAUACUCCAAAUUUAUCCUAGCGCUAGAUCGCAGGUGACUGAGGAUAGCACUUAAUGUUAAGUGAUAGAUGCUGAAAUAGCAAACGGAACCACAGAUCUAACAUAAAAAAAUCCCAAGGUAACAAACCACUCAAACGUUCUAGAGAGAAGCUGAAACUAAAGAGAUGAGGUGUCAUACACAUUGCAGGGCUCCCUGUAAGAUCCUGGAAAAAACUUUACAGGUAUAUUUUUUUUUCUUUUCUUUUUUUUCUUUUAGUAAUCUUUUUUUCAAAAUUUGCGCCAUUCACUUGUUCAUUUCUGAAUUUUCUGUAGAAGCCAAUUGAUAUCAGCUGCGAUACAAAAUAUUGCUUUAAUGUAAAGAAUAACAUGGUCACAGAAUACCUCAGAACACAGUGUUUGCCCCUUCAUGCUGUUAUUAUACGGGGAUUUGUACUGUGGCUAACCAACAUGGCGACUCUCUCAUUAUCAGUUCAAAGUUCUAUAGUAACUAGAUAUAUAAAACUUAUUUGCAAUUCACUGUGUGAGUAGAAAGUGUCUAGCAUGUGAGAUUUUGCUUUCGCCGAACUUAAAUAAAUUCUCAGUAGUGUCAUGCCAAAUCCCGAAUUUUAAUUUAAUAUAUGUUGCUUUUUUUAGUUUUUCCCCAUUUUACUUUCGUUACAGGUAACCAAAGAGAUAUUUAGUAAACCAAAAACUCUUUUUAUUUAUCAUUUCUUCCUAAAGAACUGGCCAAAAGUACACAAAAGCAUCAUUUAAGAUUUUUUUGCUUUUCUGUUAAAUCCUUUGUUUUUAAUUUACACUACAGAGCAUUCCAAAAACCAAAGUGUAAAAUGCAUGUUUUUUUAACGGAGAGAAGUUUCAAUAUAUGUUAACCUGACGAGUUAUUAACACUACAUAUGUUUAAAGGCCAAAAAAAAGGAAACAAAAAGCAAAAAAGCAGUAUUAUAAAGACUCUUGCGGUAUUUUAGUUCAUGUAAGAAGCACUUAGGAUCUGAGAAAGCUCUCUACCCCACCUUGUGCUCAGGCAGUUGUAGUGUUGAGAAUGCAGUCUUAGAGGGAGAUUCGUCCUCUUGAGAUGGCAAACAAUUUUACAUGCAAAAGGCACUUGAAUAACAGUGAUGAACUUCCACGUCACACUAGAAGCCAGCAGCAAUUACUCAGCAUUAUGGUUAACUUGUUAACUUAAACAGAAUGACUCUUACCAGUAUUUUAAAAUGAAAAAAGUUCAAAAAUACCAAAAAAGCAGGCAAGCAUUUCAUUGAAACUGAGCGGGCAUGUUUUCCUUUAUUUAGACAUUCAGUUUCCUGCUUGUCUUUUCUAGCUUUCCUACCCCGUUAAACAGUAUUAUUUACCAUACAAGUGAUGGAGAACAGAUAGGAAGACUCACAGAUUUUGGUCAAAACAUUUUUCGUUAAUAUUGAGGUCACAGAACAGACAUGUUCAUUCCAUACCCUCGAACCACCUUCAAAGAAUUAAAACCAAAAAUAACGCUACCUCCUCGUCAAAAUGAUUCACAAAAUAGGCCAAUGAACGCCACCUUAAGUCAUACGAAAGGUGUAAAUUCCUCUCAGUUUUUCACUCGUACACAAAAAGCACCAAAAUAGGAUUAACGUUGUGUAGCUGCGAGCUCAAUUCUCCAAAUUCAUUGGAAACAAAAAAUAAUACACAAUAAAAAAGAUGACUACCUCUCCACCCCGUUCUGAAAAAGAUGCUGAGUCCUGCUAAGUAUGAAGCAUUUAGUGGUCAACAUAUUUAAAAGGGUCUACUCCAAAUCACAUAUUGCCCACUUUAAGUGAUCUAUUAGCAUAGUGUCUAUGUACAGGUCCUCUAUGCGGAGGCUUAAUUGUGUGUUCUAAUUUCGCAUGCAUAAUGAGAGGCCAGGCCAAUGAGAGCCAUUGAGCUGGCUGGUCAUUAGAGCAUACUCAAUGGGCCAGUCAGUUGGCUGUCAGAAAUGAUGAUAGGCAGAAUGCAUUAACGUAGGCCACUCUUACACAGAACCCGCUUCCCAAUUAAUGCAAAGUGUAGCUUUGUGACGGCAGGCGGAAAUAGAGCGCGCACACACACGGGCAUCCCUGAGAGAUCAUCACGCUCCUGGUAGCGGUUACUCUGGUAAAACGGGCUUUUAUUUUUACCAUCGACCACUCGAACAGUGAAAGCACUAAAUGCCUGCGGAAACCAAAAUAUCCAAAGAGAAACAUCGAGCUUGUGCUACAGUGACGACUGAGAAUUGCAAAGAAAUUGAAAAACUCUCACUAAAGAAUUGCUGCAUUCAAUAAAUGGACUACAAUUGUGCUUUAAGGUACACCUGUAAACAGCGCUGUAGGUGUAGAUUGAAACACGCCAUCGUAUUACCGAUCGCCAUGACUUCAUUACUUUGACAAACAUGUCGUAAUGGUGUAUUAUUGUAUAUUACCGCUUUGGCUUAUAGCUCUCAAGGGCAUUCCCUCCUUUUUAUUUUUUCGUUUCCUUUUUUAUUUUUAUUUUCAGCACCUGUUUAGCUAUUGUAAAGUUUUGAGCUCAGAAUUCCUAUACUGUACUGCUUAUGCUGAAGUGUAUGUAUUUAUCAUAUUAUGUGCUGCAAGUAUCACGGUCGUUUUUUUGUUUUGUUUCGUUUUUCUUGGCUUAGGCUCGGUUUUCCCAGUUUAUUUGUCACGAAACGUCUGGGACGAUGAUUUUUUUAGUUUGUGUAUUAUCUCUCGAAAAAAGAAAAGAUUAAAGUUAGAUAAGUGGUUUAGGUAACGCACCUGUUUGUAUAUUUAUCUUAGCUAGGACUAUUUUGAUACCUUUUUGUCUCUGUAGUGCAUUUAUGCAUUUUUAAGGAAAAAAUGAGAGAAAACUAACUAAAAAGUUGAACUCGUUGUGUAAUGAUACCUCAGAAGGACUUUUCUCAAAAGACAGGACCAAAAUUUCAGUGAAAGAGAAAAAAAUUGAAGAAAAAUAUGUAGCCCUCUCUUGCUUAUAAGAAAGAGCGACUCUAAGGUGUUUUUUUUUGUUGUUGGUCUUUUUCGGUGCCAAUAUGUGUACAGACUCCCUUUAAGUCAAGUCAUUCCUUUAUUUACUAUUGGCACUCAAAGCUGUCUCUCGUAAGGCAAUAGGGCUCUUGGUUUGUAUAGCACCUUUUUCAAUUCCAUCCUCACAUCACCAAAAAUGGGACCAGGUUUCACCGACAGACUUUAGUUGAACCAUUUUCUCUAGAAAACAUUCAUAAAGGCAAUUUUCUACCACUGUGCAAUUGAACAUUUCUGGUAUUACAACACAAAUUGCUGUGAAGGUGGUGAGACGUUUCCACAGUAGCAUACCAAAUAAGAUUUUGAAAAUGCUUUCAGCCACCAAAGGGGUUGCGGGUAGACAUCUGUAUUCCAAAUUGAUAAAGUCUGCCACAACUGUAACCAAACAAAUGUGUGAUGGAGCAGAAUUUUACGUCUCACUAUCCUUCACAGCGGCAGCAGUUAUUCGCACUAUAAACCUUAGCACCGCCCUCAUGCUCGAGGUUCGAGGUCUUCGAUAGGCUCAGAGCUCCAUUGCCUGGUGAUUAAUAGCUUUGAGCUGCCAUU